GGCGGCGCUCGGCCUCGCACUUCCGGCGGGAGGGUCCGGACCUUAGCUGCCGGGACCGAGCCUCUGCCUUGGGGACGUAUGAGCCGUGCAUCCUCUUGAUCAUGGAGAGGGUUGGCUCGGGCCACCAGCCCCUUAGGUGAGGACUCUGCCUGGGGCUCUGCGGGCGAUUCUGAGUCAUGGAGGCGAAGAGGACGCCUCCGGCCGGGCAGCAUUCCUGUUGAACGUUGUGGCCCAGCUCUGCCGGCCCUUCCUGCGCUGUCUUCAGGAGAGGUGCCCACCCCCACCUGCCCAGCUUCCCCGGAUGGGGAGGUGGGCCCUCGACGUGGCCUUUGUGUGGAAGGCGCUGUUGACCCUGGGGCUGGUCCUCCUCUAUUACUGCUUCUCCAUCGGCAUCACCUUCUACAACAAAUGGCUGACGAAGAGCUUCCACUUCCCCCUCUUCAUGACGAUGCUGCACUUGGCCGUGAUCUUCCUGUUCUCUGCCCUGUCCAGGGCACUGGUGCAGUGCUCCAGCCACAGGGCCCGCGUGGUGCUGAGCUGGGCGGACUACCUCAGGAGAGUCGCUCCCACAGCCCUGGCAACGGCGCUUGACGUGGGCUUGUCCAACUGGAGCUUCCUCUACAUCACCGUCUCGCUGUACACAAUGACCAAGUCCUCCGCUGUCCUCUUCAUCCUGAUCUUCUCGCUGAUCUUCAAGCUGGAGGAGCUGCGCGCAGCCCUGGUCCUGGUGGUCCUCCUCAUCGCCGGGGGCCUCUUCAUGUUCACCUACAAGUCCACACAGUUCAACGUGGAGGGCUUUGCCUUGGUGCUGGGGGCCUCGUUCAUUGGCGGCAUCCGCUGGACCCUCACGCAGAUGCUCCUGCAGAAGGCGGAACUUGGGCUCCAGAACCCCAUUGACACCAUGUUCCACCUGCAGCCACUCAUGUUUCUGGGGCUCUUCCCUCUCUUUGCCGUAUUUGAAGGUCUCCAUCUGUCCACGUCUGAGAAAAUCUUCCGUUUCCAGGACACAGGGCUGCUGCUGCGGGUACUGGGGAGCCUCUUCCUUGGCGGGAUUCUCGCCUUUGGUUUGGGCUUCUCGGAGUUCCUCCUGGUCUCCAGAACCUCCAGCCUCACUCUCUCCAUUGCUGGCAUUUUUAAGGAAGUCUGCACGCUGCUGCUGGCUGCUCACCUCCUGGGGGACCAGAUCAGCCUCCUGAACUGGCUGGGCUUCGCCCUCUGCCUCUCGGGCAUCUCCCUGCACGUGGCUCUCAAGGCCCUGCACUCCAGAGGUGACAGUGGCCCUAAGCCCUUGAAGGGGCUGGGCUCUCACCCUGACCUGGAGCUGCUGCUCCGGAGCAGCAGGCAGCCGGAGGAGGAUGACAACGAGGAGGAGGAGGCGUACUUCGUGGCCCAGGGGCAGCAGUGACUGGCCGGGAGGCCGGCCUGGAUGCAGGCCUCUCCCAGCCCUUGCACCUCACAGCUCGGGGACCCAGGAGGCCCUUUGCAGCGGCCAGGGAGCAGCGGGCCGGGACUCUCCCAGGCUGGGACUUGGGGAGCGCACAACCGAGUGGCGGGGCUCGGUCGGGGAGCUGCCGAGAUGGAGGGGUGAGCAUCAGGCCAGAGCGGGGCCGAAGCGUGCCGGAGGCCUAGCAGGACGAGGGAAGGGCUGUUCUCAGCUGCUGCCAGGCUCGGACAGCCAAGCUGGUGAUUUCCGGGGCACAGCGGGUUUCUUGGGGGACUGGGUUUAGACUGCAGAGCAGGUGGGGAGGGGAGAUGGGGAGGCUGGAGCCUCAUCACCUGGACAGCGUCCUUUGUCAGAGAGCAGAUCUAUUUAUAGUUUGGAAAUAAAUGAUAUACGGUUCACUG